UCCUGGUUUUUUCUAUGUUUAAGAUUACCAUAACCUUUACCAUAUCCACCAAAAUUACCUGUUAUAGGUGUCUUGACUCUCCACAUCUCAUAAGUCAUAACUAAUCUUUAUUAUAAAAAAAAUAGAAAUAUUGAUUAACAGCAUUUGAGAUAAGGUUUUGUUAUUGUGCCUGUGGUCUGAAAUGGGUUGUGGCCACAGGUUUCAAGGUAAGUGAUUUUUGUUGUCUAACUCACUCCACAAUCCACAUAGGUGGCGGUGAUUGUAAUUUGUAAGGAAACAUGUUGAAGUCCAUUGUUGGUUGCUGCAAGGUAUACAUAUCAGAGAGCAGAAACAGGAGUGCAUUGGAAUCAAUAGAACGAGCUUCCAAGCUUUACCCUUUGGCUCCCAUAAUCAACAAGUUCCAAGAUGUGGCCUACAACAGAGUUGGUUACACCCUUGUCUCUCAAUUGGGUCCUUCAGGGCCAUGUCACUUGGCAAAUGCUGUGUUGGCAAUGGUCAAGGCUGCAUUUGACACCAUUGACUUUGAGGUGCACUCUGGAACUCAUCCUCGCCUUGGUGUUGUGGACCACAUAUGUUUUCACCCCUUGCUUGGUGCUUCCUUGGAUCAAGCAGCUACCAUUGCUAGGUGUUUAGCCACAGACAUGGGUUCUAGCCUUCAAGUUCCCAUUUAUCUAUAUGGAGCAGCACAUGAAGAGGGGAGGACACUUGACUCAAUCAGAAGAAUAUUUGGUUAUUUUAAACCAAAUUCUAGCGAAAAUCAGUGGAUCGGGGGGCUAAAAUCAGACUGUUUGCCGCUGAGUCCUGAUAGUGGUCCUUCUCAAGUUACUUCAGCAAAAGGUGUUGUGGUGAUUGGAGCAACUAAUUGGGUUGAUAACUACAAUGUCCCUCUAUUAUCUUCUGAUAUUAGCGUUGUUCGGAGAAUUGCAAAACGUGUCAGUGGAAGAGGUGGCGGACUUCCUUCUGUACAGGCCAUGGCACUUGCACAUGGUGAGGGUGUCAUAGAGGUGGCAUGUAAUUUGUUGGAUCCAAAUAAAGUUGGUGGUGAAAGAGUACAAGAAGAAGUUGAGAGCCUUGCAAGGGAACAAGGUAUUUCUGUGGGAAAGGGAUACUACACAGACUUUUCACAGGAUCAAAUAGUUUCAAGUUACUUGAAGUUGUUUCAAGAGAGAAGUUGAGGUCAUAGAGCCCUGGUUUACUGCUUUUAAAAUUUGCCAAGUUAUUCUCAAGGGGGAAAAUUACUUUCCCAUGCACUAGCCGCUAGUGAAUUUUCCUUCUCAAGUCAAAGUUAUUUCCAUAUAUAGGAAAAAAAAUUAUGGAUGAUUUUUUCUUCUAAUUGUUCAUCUUUGAAUUUUUACAUACCUUUUCAAAAGUUGUUGAACUGACUCUAAAAGAUGUCAUUCUAGCUUC